AUGGAUAGAGAGAAAGAGUCGUUAUUAAUAUGGGAAAAAUUUGUAUCAUUAUAUUCAAUACCUACUAAUAUAAAUGAAAUCAUAAACAAUAGCAAUAAUAAAAACAAUAGCAAUAAUAAAAUACUUUUUGAAUCUAUUAAGUCAAAUAAAUUAGAAACCUUAGUUUUAGACUGGUAUUUUGAAUCAAUUAAAAAAUAUUUUAAAAAUACAUUAUCUGGAGAGUUUUGGAAAUUUUUUAAUAAUGUAGAUUUAGAUAAUAUUUCAAAUAAUAAUAGUACCACAGCAACAAUAUCAAGUAAAGAAUUAAAAGUUAUAAAUCAUCAAUUUGCUUUAUCAAUUAAUUUAUUAUACAAAGUUUUUUCAUAUUUUAAAUCAAAUUUAUUAUUAUUUUAUAAAUACCUGUUAAACAGCGAAAAUGAAUAUAUAUUAAAUAAUGAUAGUAAUACCGAAAAAUUAAAUUUUAAUUCAAAAAUUUUAAUCAAAAAAUUACAAGAUUUAUUAAUUACAAAUUUAUUAUAUUCAAAUAAGAAAUCUAAAUAUUUCAAUACAAUUUUAUUUAUGUUUUUCGAAAGAGAUUUUAUAUCAUUUACAAAAUCAUUUUACAAUGCAAAAAAACAUCUAAAAUCAAAUAAAAUUGAACAAGGAGAUAGUUUUCAAGAAGAAGAGGCUGAAGAGGAGGAAGAAGAAACAACUGAAGAGCCAUCCUAUGUUAUGGAAAUAUCAUUUGAAGAUAGUAUAACCGAUAUCAAUAUUAAAGAAGAUUCAUUUAUGGAUUUAUGCAAAAAAUUACACGACUUAAACUUUAUCGUAAUUUCAGAAGAAAUAUUCACACAAAUUCUAUUCAAGAAAAUUUUUGAACACAUAGAAAAAAGAUGCAAGGGUAUUUUUGAAAAGAAAUUUCUUCAAUCAAUUUUAGAAUGGGCCGAUCAAGUUAUUUUUAAAUGGUUAGGAAUGAUAUUGUUAUCUUCCAACAACAGCAACAGCAAUAGUAGUAAUAGUAAUAGUAUUUUAAAUGAAUCAAUAAAUAAUAAUAGUAGUAUAAUAAACAAUUCAUUGAAUCAAUCAUUCAAAGAUUUAGAUGACAAUUACAAUAAUUAUAACAAUAAUAAUGAAGAAUUUUAUAAUAAUAUUUUUAAUCAAUGGAAAACUAGAUUAGAAUUUUCAAUAUAUGAAAAUUUUUCACAGCAAAGAAUUUCAGAAUUAUUUGAUAUGAUUGUACAGUAUCCAGAUAGUGUCCCAUCAUUAGAAGAUUUAUCAAUUUGUUUUCAAAAGAUACCAAUCGAAAAAACACUAAUCAACAAUUUAAAAAGAGUACUUUUACAAAGAUUAUUACAUCCAGGUGCAAAUACGAAUGAUAUUAUUACACAAUAUAUAUCUACUAUCCAUUCUAUGAAUAUUAUUGAUCCAUCAGGUUAUGUUAUGGACCAAGUUGGUAAACCCAUUAGAGAGUACCUUAGCCAAAGAGAAGAUACAAUUAGAUGCAUAGUAUCAAGCUUCACAGAUGAAUCAAAUGCAGAAAUUUAUGAAGAGUUUUGUAACUAUGAUCCUGAUAAUGCUGAUUCUUUAGAUUUAUCAAAUCAAAACUAUGACUUGUAUUUAGAUGAGGCAGAUUCAUUAGCAGACUAUUUACAAUGGAAUCCACUAUCAAUCGAUGGCAAUAUAAUAAAAUCAACAACAACAACAGAUCACAAUGGAAAACAAAAAAAACAAGUUAAAAAAGAUACAAUCAGUCAUUUGGUAAACAUUUAUGAAGGUACAGACUUAUUUAUAAACGAAUAUAGAUCAAUGCUAUCAGACCGUUUAUUAUCGACCAACGAAUUUGACUUGGAUAAAGAAAUUAAAAAUAUAGAACUUUUAAAACUAAGAUUUGGUGAAACCAGUUUAUACAAUUGCGAAAUUAUGAUAAAAGAUAUGUCCGAUUCUAAAAGAUUAAACACUCAAAUUAAAACAGUUUUAACAAAUCAAAACCAAAACAAAUUCUUUGAUUUUGAAACUUUGAUUUUAUCAGAGUUAUUUUGGCCAACUUUAAAAGGUGAAGAAUUUACCUAUCCAAAAGAAAUUCAAAAUAAAAUGGAUCUCUUCUCAAAAGAGUAUGAAAGAAUUAAAACACCAAGGCAAUUAAUAUGGAAGCAGCAUUUAGGUUUAGUUGAUUUAGAAAUUGAAAACAAUAAUGGUCAAAUUCAGUCAUUCCAAGUAUCACCAAUUCAUGCCUCUUUAAUCAUGCUAUUCCAAGAUGAUACUCAAGUGUAUUCAUUGGGUCAAUUAACAAAUGAAUUACAAUCAACAAAAGAUUUUAUUAAAAAGAAAUUAAUAUUUUGGAUAAAUAAUCAAAUUAUUAAAGAGGUUUCUUUUGAAAAAUAUCAAGUAAAUCAAUCUCAACAACAAUCAAACGAUGGUGAUGAAGAUAAUGGUGAAGCUCAAGACGGUGAUGAUGACGAUAGUAGUAGUGAUGAAGAAGAUAAUAAAGUUCCAUUAGUAGAAGAAGAGGAGGAAGAAAAAUCAACAUCAGCAAAAGAAAAAGAGGAACAAAUGAGAGUUGUUGAAAGUUUUAUUAUUGGUAUGUUAAUGAACUUUAAAGCUUUGCCAUUGGAGAGAAUCCAUGCAAUGUUAACAAUGUUUAAUAGUGAACAAUAUACUAGUACAAUUCAAGAACUUAAGGUUUUCUUAUCCAAACUCCAAAAUGAGGAAAAGAUCGAAUUGGUUGGAAAUGAUUAUAAAAUUAAAAAAUAA